AUGGGACAAGACAAUGAUACACAAAUUUCAGAGUUUCUUCUUCUUGGCUUAUCAGAGGACCCAGAACUGCAGCCCCUCAUAUUUGGGCUUUUCCUCUCCAUGUACCUGAUCACAGUGUUUGGAAACCUGCUCAUCAUCCUGGCCGUCAGCCCUGACUCCCACCUCCACACCCCCAUGUACUUCUUCCUGGCCAACCUGUCCCUUGUAGACAUCUGUUUCACCUCCACCACCGUCCCCAAGAUGCUGUGGAACAUCCAGGUUCAGGGCAAAGUGAUCACUUAUGAAGGCUGCCUAUGCGAGAUAUAUUUUUUUGUACUGUUUGCAGAAUUAGACAUCUUCCUCCUGACUGUGAUGGCCUAUGACCGCUUUGUGGCCAUCUGUCACCCCCUGCACUACAUGGUCAUCAUGAACCCCCGGCUCUGUAGACUGUUGGUUCUUAUGUCCUGGAUCAUGAGCAUUCUGAAUUCCUUGUUAGAAAGUUUACUGGUGUUGCGUCUGUCCUUCUGUACAGAAGUGGAAAUCCCACACUUUUUCUGUGAACUCAAUCAGAUGAUCCACCUUGCCUGUUCUGACACCUUUCUUAAUAACAUGGUGAUGUAUUUUGUAGCUAUGUUGCUGGCUGGUGGUCCAUUCAUUGGGAUCCUUUACUCUUACUCUAAGAUAGUGUCCUCUGUACGUGGGAUCUCAUCAGCUCAGGGCAAGUAUAAAGCAUUUUCCACCUGUGCAUCUCAUCUCUCGGUUGUCUCCUUAUUUUAUGGUACAGGCCUAGGAGUGUACCUUAGCUCUGCUGCUACCCAGAGCUCCCACUCGAGUGCAGUGGCCUCAGUGAUGUAUACAGUGGUCACACCCAUGCUGAACCCCUUCAUCUACAGCCUGAGGAACAAAGACAUAAAGGAGGCUCUGUUGAGAUUCUCUGGGAUGGCAGCUCUGAAAGGGUCAAUAGCCUUGGGUUGA